CUGAAGAGGCUUUCAGCAAACCUUAGAAAAUUGGAACUCCUAACCGUCAUUUGGUACUGGAUCGCGCCAAGCGGAUCGUUAUAUAAGCAAACCAUUCCUGCGAAUUUUUCCCUACCGACAAUGAAUUUACUUGUUUCAGAUAACAGUUGCGGUCCCAUCAAUAUUGAAUAUCCAGAAUACUUGACAAAGACGUCGUCAAUGUAUUCGGCUUAUUUGCAAGGAGAUGUAGCACGAUUCGAAUGCGUUCAAUCACAUUGGAUCAAAGGUGUCCACGAGUACAAAUGUGGCAUCGUGGUCGACUAUAAUCGUCCAAAUGAGUACCGGUUCGAAUGGAACAAGGGCGAGCAACCAUGGUGCCGAUCGCGUGAAAAGGAAAACUUCUUCAUUUGGCUCAGUGCUAUUUUAGGAACCAUUGCAAUCAUUAUGGCCAUCAUUUUCAUCUUCCUCUGUUGUUGGUGUGUAAAACAGCAAAAACGCGAGGAAAAACGAGGAACUGUGUACGGUAAUGGAAAUAGCCGAUCGGCAUCGUUUACUCGGAAGAAAUUCGGCACGCCGUCAUUCGAAUCAGAGCCGUUACAAGAAAAACCUCGAUAUAGCGACAUAAUGGGAAGGGAGAGCAGUUCCUAUCGUACUAGUCCUGCACCGGCCAAAGCUGGUUACAGGUUAGAAGAACACCUUCCAAUGCCAUCCCAUGUGUCAACACCAGAAUCUGCGGCCGUUCGACCAGGGAAGUAA